CUAAAUCUUGCUCCUUUUUCUCUCUCUUCUCCUAAAUUUUGGUCACUUCUCAAUCGCCAUGACCGCCAUUGCUACUGCUGCAGCUCUAUCUCUUCCGAUUUCGCUUUCUCGAUCAUCUAAAUUGAGCACCAGAAAGGGUGUUAGAGGAGGGUUCAUGGUGUUUGCUAUAUCAGCCAGCAACGAGGGAGGUGAACUGGUGAAUAAGAAAAACCCAUGGGGCUCUCUAUUUGAUGUGGAAGAGCCCAGGACUAGAGUUCCACAAAGUAAAGGGAAGUUCUUGGAUGUAAAUCAAGCAUUUGAAGUGGCUAGAUAUGAUAUACAGUAUUGUGAUUGGCGAGCACGAGAAGAUCUUCUUACAAUCAUGCUCCUACAUGAAAAGGUCGUUGAUGUUUUAAACCCUUUGGCUCGUGAUUACAAAUCCAUUGGAACCUUGAAGAAGGAUCUAGCAGAGUUACAACAAGAGCUUGCAGAAGCACAUAAACAGAUGCACAUAUCAGAAGCUAGGGUUGGUGCAACUUUAGAUAAGUUAGCACACAUGGAAACUUUGGUCAAUGAUAGAAUUUUGAAAGACAGAAGCACAACAGCAACAGAGAGCACUGCUUCAUCUCCCAGCACAUCAAAAGAACCCCUAGGAACCAUUGAAAGGAAAACACAACGGAAAAGUCUGAACGUGUCUGGUCCAGUCAAACCUUAUCAUCCUCGUUUAAAGAACUUCUGGUACCCUGUUGCUUUCUCCAGAGACCUGAAGGAAGACACAUUGAUGCCAAUUGAUUGCUUUGAAGAACCUUGGGUAUUAUUUCGUGGAAAGGAUGGGAAACCAGGAUGUAUAAGGAACACCUGCGCACAUAGAGCAUGUCCUCUUGACUUGGGCUCCGUAAAUGAGGGUCGCGUCCAAUGUCCCUACCAUGGGUGGGAGUAUUCAACGGAUGGGAAAUGUGAAAAAAUGCCUUCAACAAAAUUUGUUAAUGUGAAGAUAAAAUCACUUCCAUGCUUUGAACAGGAGGGAAUGAUAUGGAUCUGGCCGGGCAAUGAACCUUCUACAGCCACAAUCCCUUCACUAAAACCACCACAGGGAUUCCAAAUACAUGCCGAGAUUGUCAUGGAACUACCAGUGGAGCAUGGACUACUUUUAGACAACCUGUUGGAUCUUGCACAUGCACCCUUCACCCACACUUCCACAUUUGCAAAGGGUUGGAGUGUUCCAAGCUUGGUUAAAUUUUUGACCCCAUCAUCUGGGCUGGAAGGAUAUUGGGAUCCAUAUCCAAUAGAUAUGGAAUUUCGUCCACCUUGUAUGGUGUUGUCAACCAUCGGAAUUUCAAAACCCGGAAAACUAGAGGGUCAGAGCAGCAAGCAGUGUUCGACACACCUUCACCAACUGCAUGUAUGCUUGCCAUCAUCAAGAAAUAAGACAAGGCUACUAUAUAGAAUGUCGCUUGAUUUUGCUCCGUUCUUGCAAUACGUCCCUUUGAUGCACCACCUGUGGAGGCAUUUUGCAGAAAAGGUACUAAACGAAGAUCUACGGCUUGUACUUGGGCAACAAGAUAGGAUGAUCAAUGGAGAAAACGUAUGGAACUUGCCGGUAUCAUACGAUAAGCUAGGAGUAAGAUACCGGUUAUGGAGAAACGCAGUUGAGGAAGGAGCUAAGCAAUUACCCUUCAUGUAAAUAAAUAAUACAAAAACUAAUUUUUGGGUUCGAUUUUUUAACUCUUUUACUCGGUUAUCGACUCAUGAAGAAGCACCGACGAGUCAUUCGACAACACUCGAUUCUGCAGGUUGAGAGGCUUGCAAAAAAAGUGUCAAAAAUAACUAGGGACAGAAAGGUUGGGUGGUUCUUACAAAAUCAAACCUGCCUUUAUCUUUGUACAAAGUUUUCUCAUAUUCAUUUUUUUGGCACAUUCCUAUAUUGGCUCAUUGGCAUUCAUUGAGAGUGUUGUGGUGAGGCCUCAUGUGCUCAAAACAUUUUUCAAUCUUGUAGUUAUAUUUGAAAUGUAAGAUGUGUGUGAAAGUUGUAU